AUGAAAUUGUUAUGUUCUCCAUUUACUCUUUCACUUUUAAAUGGAAUCCCAUUUACACAACAAAAAUUAACGGACAAACCAAUUGCAGAUUUUCUUAAGAAUGUGAUAGACACCGCUUUUUCUGAGUUACCAUUGAAAAAUAAUUAUUUUUAUCGUGUUUACUUUUAUGGUAAAUAUACGAAACAAUGCUGUCCAGAAUUUCUAAAAGAAGAAAAUUUCAACAAGUUGAAAGAUGGUUUGAUUAAUAGAAUUUCCAUUCAUACCACAACAGUUACGAAUUUCUUGAAAGAACAUCAGAAAAAAGUUAUUAGUAGAUUUAUUUUACUCGAUCAUAUGGACUGGAUGGCGGCAACAUCAAAUAUUUUGACUGAAGAAUGGCAACAAAUUCUUGAUAAUUCCACUAAAGAUUGUCGUUAUAUUUGGAGAAGUGCUUCGUCAAAGGCAACCUUUGUUGAUAGUACGUCAAUAACAUAUGAAGGAAAAGUAACCACACUAAAUCAAUUAAUAACAUAG